CUUCGUAUGCUUCUUCUUCUUCCUCCUCCCUCUUCCCGUCGCAAACUCUCGUCUUCAACAAACGUAUCCCAUGAUCGCGCCAUUCCCAAUUUUCCAUCUCACCGGCGCCUGGUCAUUCGGGCUCUGCUCAUUAUCCGAUAUAUAAAAUAAUCUUAUCAAAGUUUUUCCCGCCAUGUCUUUCUCUUCAACUCCAGCUCGACUAACGCUGCUCGCUCUCCUGUCCGCCACCACCGUGUACUGCUUCUACAGGUCUCGCCGUCUCAAGCUACUCAAGCUCUCCACAAACCCUAACCCUAAUCCCCGUUCCAAUGGCGAACCUGCGGUUUCCAUCAAGAGAGGGAAGCUCUUCUUCGUCUCCCAAACCGGGACUUCCAAAACCCUAGCUCGCCAGCUCCACGAUCUCUUGAACUCGAACGGGCUCUCGUUCGAGCUCGUCGACGUGAAAAGCUACGAGCCGGAGGAUCUAGCUAAGGAGAGUCUGGUUCUGAUUAUUGCUUCCACUUGGGAAGACGGGAAGCCGCCGGCGGGUGCCGAAUUCUUUGCUAAUUGGCUCGCGGAGAGCGCCGAUGAUUUCAGAGUCGGGUCGCUGCUGCUUUCGAAAUGCAGAUUCGCGGUGUUUGGUGUUGGAAGCAGAGGUUAUGGAGAUUCCUUCAAUGCGGUGGCUAGAGAUUUUAGCAGACGGUUGAGAGGAUUAGGUGGGAAUGAGAUUUUGCCGGUUGGGGAAGGUGAUGUUGAUGGCGGGGAGCUGGAUGGUGUUUUUGAGGAAUGGAGCAGGGAGAUUGUUAAGGCAUUGAAGGUGAGUGGGUUGGAGAAUGGGAUCAGUGUUGAACAGAGCUUGAAUGUUGGUACUGGGGAUGAAUUCUACAGUGACGAAGAUGAUGAUAAUGAGGAUGACAUGGAAUCGGUGGUCGUUGAUUUAGAGGAUAUAGCAGGGAAAGCCCCAUUUAGGAAAUUAGGUGGUGCAACUGCUGAAACUAAUGGGAAACUGAGUAAUGGUCCUAAAGAAAUGGUGACUCCUGUGAUUAGAGCAAACUUGGAAAAACAGGGUUACAAAAUCCUUGGCUCGCAUAGUGGUGUUAAGAUCUGUAGAUGGACUAAAUCUCAGCUUAGAGGUCGUGGAGGUUGCUACAAGCAUUCCUUCUAUGGGAUAGAGAGUCAUAGGUGUAUGGAGGCCACUCCAAGUUUGGCUUGUGCCAACAAGUGUGUUUUCUGUUGGAGGCACCACACAAAUCCCGUAGGAAAGAGCUGGCAGUGGAAAAUGGACGAUGCCUUGGAAAUUGUUAAUUCUGCCUUAGAUCAGCAUAAAAAGAUGAUCAAGCAAAUGAAAGGAGUCCCUGGUGUUACCCAGGAACGAUUAGCUGAAGGUCUCUCCCCUAGACAUUGUGCUUUAUCACUAGUUGGGGAACCUAUAAUGUACCCGGAGAUUAAUACACUUGUUGAUGAACUACAUACUAGGAGAAUAUCAACUUUCCUAGUUACAAAUGCCCAGUUCCCAGACAAAAUAAAAAUGCUCAAACCUAUCACUCAGUUAUAUGUAAGUGUAGAUGCUGCAACAAAGGAAAGUCUGAAAGCAGUUGAUAGACCACUCUUUGGAGACUUCUGGGAGCGGUUCACAGAUUCAUUGACAGCUCUGAGGGAUAAACAUCAACGAACUGUGUACCGUUUGACACUUGUCAAAGGGUGGAACACAGAGGAGUUAGAUGCUUAUUUUGAGCUAUUCAGCCUCGGGCAGCCUGAUUUUGUCGAAAUCAAAGGAGUCACUUACUGUGGAUCGUCAGCAACAUCAAAAUUGACGAUGGAGAAUGUACCGUGGCAUGCUGAUGUGAAGGCCUUCUCAGAGGCAAUAGCGCUGAAGAGCAAAGGGGAGUAUGAAGUUGCUUGUGAGCACGCCCACUCAUGCUGUGUCCUGCUGGCGAAAACUGACAAGUUCAAAGUGAAUGGCCAGUGGUUUACCUGGAUAGACUAUGAGAAGUUCCACGAUCUGGUUGCUUCUGGGAAAUCCUUUGACAGUACGGAUUAUAUGGCUGCAACACCUUUGUGGGCUGUGUAUGGAGCUGAAGAAGGAGGGUUUGAUCCUGUUCAAGCUCGAUAUAGGAAAGAGCGGAAUCAUAGACCAAAGCCCUGAGUCCUGACUGAUCAGGUUUGAGAGUCGGGUCCCUGUUUUUAUAUCUUUGUCUUUCCUUCGGUCAGCUAAACUAUAACAGAACUACAAACUGAGCCAGGAAGCAAACAGGGGACUCGAGCAAGCCGUUGUGGCAGUGAGUUGAGUAAAGAUUGAAUGAUUAGAAAUAUACAACAUCCUGUUUUACACAGUUUUGAUGCGGAGAUCAUAUAUUCUGUUGUGGUCUGUAGUAAGACUCUUUCUGUGAUCAUAGCUUAGUAAGAAUACUUUCAAGUGGCAUGUAGACUCUACAAUGCCCGUGCACACAUCAGCUACCCAUGGAACGGAAAUUUUGCAUUUUUGGUGUUUCUGCCUGAAGUUGAGGGUGUCAGACAUGAUAGAUUUGUUCAAAUUGGACUAAAUUUGAGGCAGGGAAGCUGCUGACAGAUUUCAGCCAUGCUUUUGGUCGCCAUGCAUGUUGUCACUUUUCUUGGCUUGUUCUAUUGAUUCCUCAAGUUCUGUCUCUCCAGUUUCCACCAUCCUCACCUUCAAGGAAAAGUAAUGAUAGUGAUGUGGAUUAAGGGUAUUUUAUGGCCUUUGAACUGUGCCAAGUUUAUGAAGGGUAUUACAAGGUUUAAACGAAGAUUCACAAAUCCGUAUUGGAGGUUGUACCGAAAAAAUCAGCA